UUGUAAUCUAAUCUCACAUUAUUAAAAUUAUUCCCAUUUCCAAACUACAUUAAAAAAUAACUGUUCGCAAUCGGUCGACUCUCGACCUGUCAAGGUAUUUAAAAUUUAAUAGUUGUAAGUACUAGACCGCAAUCAAGACAUUUCCCAGGUGAGAACAGCGAUCAUCAACAAAAAAAUUUAUAAAUCUAGUUCUCAGAAAUAUGUACAAAAAACCGUCUAGUCCACUAUAUGCCAAUGUUUCUGGAGUGAAGUACAAGAGUGAAGAGUUGACUCCCCAGAAUGAACCCACUUACUACAAUACAGUAACAAAUAAAAUGCCACAACCUUCCCAGGGCAUUUAUAGCAAUGUGAACUACCAUGAAAAAUCCAACAACAUAUAUUCUAACAUUGCUGAAACAGGCAAACCAACUUAUAAAAAUACUCAAUAUCCAUUAUAUGACAAUCUAAAACCAUUAGUAGGUAAAGAUAACAUACACUGCCCUCCAUCUCCAGUAAGUUCUAGUUACUCUGAACUUCAAAAAGCAGUUAGUUACGAAGAUGAUGCAAAAGAUUUUGAUAAUUCUUCUUCUCAGGCAUCAAAAAUGUAUGAAUCAAUCUAUGAGCCUAUUAAUGCUGUCCGUCCACCUAGUGAGUUAUCAUCUACAUAUUCAAUGAGCAGUCUUUCACAGUCUAUUACCACUCGUGAACAUGAAACCGAAGUUGAUUCUUUAACUGAUCUCCUUGUAAAUUCAAUGUCUGUCAAUGAUGGUAAAAAAAGUUUGGACAGUAAUGCAAGUUGUUUAGAUUGGAAUUGUACUAAAUGCAAUGAAAAAGUAAUGGAAGAAGGUCUUGGAUGCACGGCAAUGGGUAAUAUUUAUCAUAUAAAAUGUUUUACCUGUACCCAUUGUGGCGAUCAAUUGGAAGGAAAACCAUUUUAUCACAUUGAUAACAAACCAUAUUGUGAAGAGGGUUAUUUGGAUACACUGGAAAAAUGUUCUGUUUGUCAAAUACCAAUUUUGGAUAGAAUCCUGAGAGCCACUGGACGCCCAUAUCAUCCACACUGUUUCCGAUGUAUUGUAUGCUCUACAUUAUUAGAUGGUAUACCCUUCACUAUUGAUGCAGCCAAUCAAAUUUAUUGUAUUGAUGACUUUCACAAGAAAUUUGCUCCAAAAUGCAGUGUAUGCCAAUUUCCUAUUAUGCCAGAGGUUGGUCAAGAUGAAACAGUCAGAUUUGUUGCAUUGGACCGAAGCUUCCAUGUACAAUGUUAUAGAUGUGAAGAUUGUGAUACUUUAUUAGGAUCAGAAGCUGAAGGUAGAGGAUGUUAUCCAUUAGAUGACCAUGUGUUGUGCAAAAGUUGUAAUGCUAAAAGAGUUCAAGCUUUAACAUCAACCAUGAUCACCGAGCUUUAAGUAACGCUAUACUCCAUUCCAAAUAAGAGCAUACCAGGUGGCAAACAAAAACCAGUCAAAUUCACGCAUGCAUACCCACUAGGCCAUUUCUGGUACUGUGUGCACAAUAGUGUCAACAGUACCCAAUCACAAAACAAUUAUACUUUGUCGGGGGGAAGGGGGGGGGACAUUGUUUCGUGGCCCUAUUGUAUGCACUGCGGUAGAACACUCUUAUUUGGAAUAGAAAAUACGUCAGGACUUCAUAAAUUCCUAAAUUGGAUUCAGCAAUCAAAUACAUGAAAUUGGCUACCAAAGUUUGUAAUUGAGAACUCUAUUUAGGAGUUAAAUAAUAGUUAUUAAAACACCAAAACCAUCUUAUUUAUCCAUCAUAAUCAUGUUUUAAUUAUGUGAUUUUUAUAUUUAAAGUAGCUGCUUAAAAAUUGUUGAUAAAUUAGUUGAUGGUUUUCACAUUUGCAACUAGCAUGUUAGUAUUAUUAAAAUAUUUUAGAACUAUUACAAUUAUCUGAUAAUUCCUUCUUUUUCUAACUUUUCUAUUUUUUUAUUUUUUUUUUUACUCUAUCAAUAUGAGCCAUUAUAUAUUGUAAUAAUUGUCAUUCCAUACUACUGUUAUAGUAAUACUUUUAUAUUUUAAGAUUGUUCUAAUUGUUGACCACAUUCUUUGCUAGUCUAUUACUGAUAGUAAUUUUGUAAUACAAUUCUCAAAUUUUUAAAUUAUUAUGUAUUCAUUACACAUAGUUAUAUUAAUUUUAAAAUAAAAACUUUUUUUUUAAAGGUAAAAAAUCACAUCAAUAAUAUAAAAUAUUUUAUAUUGGUGUACAAAAAAAUAUAUUUAACAUUCUUGUUGAUUUAGUCAAUUUUAUAUCUUAAUACAUUAUCUAUUUAUAUUAGAUUAUUAACUAAUGCGUUUGAAGUGAUAUAUUUAACUGCUAUUAUUGAUAAUAUUAUUCUCACAUUAUACCACAUUAUUUAUAUCUAUUAUGUUCUAAUGUAUACUAAAAUAUAUGUAGCCUAGAAAGUGAUAUAAUAGCUAUUAAAAAAUAAACAUUAAUUAACCUGCA